ACUGCUGGAAAAGGGGGCGUGGCUGCCGUAGCAAUGUGUGUCGCGAAUAAAAAAUAAAAACAAGCACAGGUGAUUCUGCUGGACUGAAAAAAACAACUUUUGCAAUACUUUUGAGGACUGACCGGCUGCAAAAUGAUAAGGACUUCGCUGAAACUUUAUCACACGUCAAGACUUUUGACACCUUUAGCGAACAGAAAUUUGCCAGCAUUAACUCCUAAAUUAGCCGUCGUGAGUUCAGCAAACACCACUUUGUAUAGGCACAAAUCCACCACCUCACCAGCCACUGCUGUCAUACCACAAGAAAAGCCUGGACUCUUUAAAAGAAUAGCAAAAUCGUUAUUCGAUUCGUCAAGAGGAAAAUAUAUUUCACUGGGAGUUCUGCUGUACGAAAAAUGUGCAAAUGAACCAAAUUUCGUUGAGUUUGUGAAAGUUUUAGGAUUGCCAGACACAUUUAAUUCAUGGUUCCUGGUAACCGAGCUGCACGUUUGGAUGGUCAUGACAAAAUGUUCUGUCAUGGAAAACAAUGGGAGACACAUGAGGAACUCUAUGGUCAAAAUGAUGUGGGACGAUUGCUCACAAAAAUUAAAAACCUUACACGUGAGCUCACAAUUAGAAGUUCCAAGGUCAGGAAGUGUUCUCCAAGAAUUGGACCAACAACUGAAAGCUGCAAUUUUUGCUUAUGACGAAGGAAUUAUGUCGUCCGACACUGUUCUUGCAAGUGCUUUGUGGAGGCGUUUUUACAUUGACAACAGCAGCGACAUUAAAGGAGAGGAGCUUGAAAUUCUGGUUUCGUAUGUCAGGCGGCAGAUUGCUGAGCUGCAUGCGUUGAGUGAUGAAGAGUUCAGCAAAAAGCCCACAUUUACUUGGGUUCCUCUUAAAGUGUAAUUAGAUGGUGCAGAAUAAAUUAUUGAAAAAAAAAACCAAAAUUGAUCUUCCUUAUUGACUCUGUGCAAAAAUUGACU